AUGCCGUCGGCGGCGGGUCCGGUGGCUGUGGCGUCGGCGGGGUCGGCGGCGAAGGCCGCGCCCUCCCCAGCCGUCGGAAUCUCGCCGGAGCUGUACCCGUCCGAGGACGACCUGCCCUACGAGGAGGAGAUCCUGCGGGAGCCCUUCAAGCUCAAGGGGUGGUGGCGCUACCUCGUCGCGCGCGCCGCCGCGCCGUUCGCCAAGCGCGCCGUCAUCUACGAGCGCGCGCUCAAGGCGCUCCCGGGGAGCUACAAGCUCUGGCACGCCUACCUCCGCGAGCGCCUCGACCACGCACGCCCCCACCCCAUCGACCACCCGGCCUACUCGUCGCUCAACAACACCUUCGAGCGGGCGCUGGCGACGAUGCACAAGAUGCCGCGCAUCUGGGUCCUAUACCUCACGUCGCUCCUCGACCAGCGCCUGCUCACGCGCUCGCGCCGCGCCUUCGACCGAGCCCUUCGUGCGCUGCCGGUCACGCAGCACGACCGCAUCUGGCCGCUGUACCUGCGCCUCGCGUCGCUCCCGGCCUGCCCUGUCGAGACGUCGCUCCGGGUGUUCCGCCGCUACCUCCAGUUCGACCCCUCCCACGCAGAGGAUUUCAUCAAUUUCCUUAUAUCCGCCAACCGCUGGCAAGAGGCUGCUGACCGACUGGCUUCCGUGCUCAAUGAUGAUGGUUUCCGCUCUGUCAAGGGGAAGACCAGGCAUCAGCUAUGGCUCGAGCUCUGCGAGAUCCUCACCAAGCAUGCUGAUGAGGUUGCUGGCCUCAAGGUGGAUGCCAUCCUGCGUGGUGGGAUUCGGAAGUUCACCGACGAGGUUGGCAAGCUGUGGACCUCGCUGGCUGAUUACUAUGUCAGGAGAGGCCUUUUCGAAAAGGCUAGAGAUGUAUUUGAGGAGGGUGUUUCUUCGGUGGUUACCGUGAAGGAGUUCAGCGUGGUGUUUGAGGCAUUUACACAGUUUGAGCAGAGUAUGCUUGCAGCAAAGCUGGAGGCUGCCGAGGAAGAGGGGGCUGAGGAUGAGGAUGAGAGAGGGGGCAGGAAGAAUGGGAUGGACAAAUUAUCAAAGAAAUUCCUUGAGGAUUUCUGGUUGAACGAUGAGGAUGAUACUGAUUUGAGGAUGGCAAGGUUUGAGCGGCUGUUGGAUCGUAGACCAGAGCUUCUUAGCAGCGUGCUGUUGCGACAGAAUCCACACAACGUGGAGGAGUGGCACAGGAGGGUGAAGCUUUUUGAGAAGGAUCCUGCAAGGCAAGUAGCGACAUAUGUUGAGGCUGUGAAAACUGUGGACCCAAUGAAAGCAGUUGGGAAACCCCAUACUCUAUGGUUGGCAUUUGCAAAGAUGUAUGAGAAACACAAUCGUCUAGAUAGCGCUGAAGAUAUCUUCAAACGGGCUACUCAAGUGAAUUAUAAGGCAGUUGACCACUUAGCCAGUAUCUGGUGUGAAUGGGCAGAGAUGGAGCUGCGACACAACAAUUUUGACAAGGCUAUUGAGCUGAUGAGGCAAGCAACAGCAGAGCCCUCUGUUGAGGUUAAGAGGCGAGCUUCUGCUGAGGGGAAUGAACCUGUCCAAAUGAAAGUACAUAAAUCUUUGAAACUGUGGAGCUUUUAUGUUGAUCUGGAAGAGAGCCUUGGAACUUUGGACUCUACCCGUGCUGUUUAUGAGAGAAUAUUGGAUUUACGAAUUGCUACUCCACAGAUAAUACUCAAUUAUGCAUAUCUUCUUGAGGAGCACAAGUAUUUCGAAGAUGCAUUUAAAGUGUAUGAAAGGGGCGUGAAAAUAUUCAAGUAUCCCCACGUUAAGGCCAUUUGGGUGACCUACCUUACAAAGUUUGUACAGAGAUACAAGAGAAGCAAGUUAGAACGAGCAAGGGAGCUUUUCCAUGAAGCUGUCCAACAGGCUCCUCCAGAUGAAAAGAAGCCCCUAUAUUUACAAUGGGCUAAACUGGAGGAAGACUACGGUCUUGCAAAACGUGCUAUGAAUGUUUAUGAUGAGGCUGUAAGGGCUGUUCCUAACAGUGAAAAAAUGGCCAUGUAUGAAAUCUAUAUAGCACGUGCUGCUGAGCUGUUCGGUGUUCCAAGGACAAGACAAAUAUACGAGCAAGCAAUUGAAUCUGGCCUCCCAGACAGAGACGUGCUGACAAUGUGCAUGAAAUUUGCUGAGCUAGAAAGAAGCCUUGGGGAAAUUGACCGUUCGCGUGCUAUCUAUGUGCACGCAUCCAACUAUGCUGAUCCAAACAAUUCUGACUUUUGGAAGAAGUGGAAUGACUUUGAGAUCCAGCAUGGUAAUGAAGACACAUUCAGGGAGAUGCUUCGUAUUAAACGUACAGUGGCUGCCAGCCGCAGUCAGACGCAUUUCAUACUACCAGAGUACUUGAUGCAGAGGGAUCAGAGGCUAAAUCUGGACGAGGCAGUUGACACUCUGAAGCGUGCUGGUGUUCCUGAGGACGAGAUGGCAGCCUUGGAAAGGCAACUAGCUUCUGGACCAACCACUGCACCACCAGCAGCACAAAACACUGCCCCAGCCUCUGCUAACAGGAUGAUGAACUUUGUCAGUGCUGGAGUGGAGGCGCAGGCUGAUAGUAGCAGGCAACAGGCUGGUAACAAUGAAGACAUUGAGUUGCCCGAUGAGAGCGAUGAUGAGGAACCGGAUGUCCAAAUUGCAGAGAAGAGUGUUCCAGCUGCUGUGUUUGGUGAGCUCGGCAAGAGAGCUGCCGAGAGCCAGGAUGGUAGCUCCGGUGCCCAUGAGAAUGAGCAGCUGGGCGCCCUUGAGAGGAUAAAGAGACGGCGUCAAUAGUCUACCACUUAUAAGAUGAGAGCUCUCAUUUGUGCACCAUGGUGUUGCUUGAGCUUAGUGAUGUUGUACUUGUUACAUGUAAACAUGUUUUGAGCAGCAUUUUGUUCUUGUACAAGAAUUUACGAAAGCUGACCAUUUUUCGUGUAGUUUUGGUCUUUGUUUUGUCUUUCUUAAGGAACAGGUACCAAAAACCUUAUAAUCUCGAACUCCUAACUCAAAAUUCGGAGGUGUAAAUUUGAACAUUAUAUUUUCCGUGCUUUGUUUCUUCAUUCAAAGCAUUGAAUGGAAAUAAUGUGGUCAAUGGAA